AUGUUUUACACAAUCUCCUACAACAAUAGCUCGGCGGAAGUCGACAGCGUUUCCAAAAUGGCCAGCAACCACACCUUUGGAGAAUGUCGACAAUCACGGCUUGCUUGUAUAGAAUGCCGUGCUCGAAAAACAAACGCGCCACUAACACCGGAACCAACAGGUCAAAUGCUCUGGAGAAAGCACAGGCUGCCAGCGAUGUCAAGGGACCGGUAUUACAUGCGUCUUUCCAGAGAGAACAAAGCGUGGCACCAAGAGACGAAAGAACUCGGCUCCCUCCGACAAUCACAGCAGCUCAAAGAGCAACUCAGGCAGCGAGACGAGCCUCAACAAUGGCGAUAG